GGGUUUUAACUUUUGAGCUUUUUAAACCCACCCUCUUCUCUAGCGCCUUAUCUCCUCUCUCCGUCGUUUCAUCUGUCUGCUCCCAUGUCCGCCACAGAGGAGAGGGCCUUACUCUCGUGGCGCCAAAUCCCGCACCUCCAAUGCGGUGUCGUUACACCAAGUACAACCCGCCACGCGCUCCGGCAGAGCGCCACCGUCAGUUUCGCGGCCUCCGCCGGUGACUGCAGGUUCGCCUGCUUCUCGGUGGCGGAAACGAAACUGCAUCCGGACCAUUUCGUUCCGACACUGUCUCAGCUCCUUAAGCACCCUCUGGCCAUCUUGGCGUUCGUGCCCAGAGAUGCUUCCCUCUUCUCUGCCGGAGCCAUCGCCGGUGCCGCCGCAAAGACCGUCACAGCGCCGCUCGACCGUAUCAAGCUCCUUAUGCAGACUCAUGGUGUGCGGGUUGGGCAAGAUAGUGCUAAGAAGGCGGCAAUAGGUUUCGUGGAGGCCAUAACAGUUAUAGGAAAGGAAGAAGGGAUUAGAGGUUACUGGAAGGGGAACCUCCCUCAGGUUAUCCGGGUUAUACCUUAUAGCGCAGUUCAGCUUUUUGCUUAUGAAAUUUAUAAGAAAAUAUUCAGGGGACAGAAUGGCGAGCUCUCUGUUGUGGGAAGACUUACAGCAGGUGCUUUUGCUGGCAUGACAUCUACUUUUAUUACCUACCCAUUAGAUGUUCUGAGAUUACGAUUAGCAGUUGAACCUGGUUAUCGAACCAUGUCAGAGGUUGCCUUGAGCAUGCUAAGGGAGGAAGGAGUUGCAUCUUUCUACAAAGGCCUGGGGCCUUCUCUAAUUGCAAUAGCUCCUUAUAUUGCUAUGAAUUUUUGUGUUUUUGACUUGUUAAAGAAGUCAUUGCCUGAGAAAUAUCAAAAUAGAACUGAAACAUCUAUCCUUACUGCCUUGCUUUCGGCAUCUCUUGCCACAAUGACAUGCUAUCCUCUCGACACUGUCAGAAGACAGAUGCAAUUGAAGGGUACACCUUAUAAGACAUUAUUAGAUGCUUUUUCAGGUAUUGUAGCUCGAGAUGGAGUUACUGGUUUGUAUCGAGGAUUUGUGCCCAAUGUUCUAAAAACCCUACCAAACAGCAGCAUCAAGCUUACCACUUAUGACAUUGUUAAGCGCAUAAUUGCAGCUAGUGAAGAAGAAUUUCAAACAAUUGUAGAGGAAAAUCGCAACAAACAAAAGAACAUAAACAAUCAAAGAUAGUGAGUGACCUUUGAUAUCAUGAUAUUAUUUUAGCCAUUCUUGCUCUCAAAUUUUGUUUAUUUGAGAACAAUACUCCCUUCAUUAUUGUGGGAAUUGCUUUAGUCUCUCUGCCAGCAGUAAUGAUAAUUAUCCAGCUGACAAGGUUCCUGUACCUGUUGGCUGAGAAUUUUGUAGGAUAAUAUUUUUUUGCUAGGAGUGUUGUAUAUGCUAUUUAACCUUUGAUGAAUUCAUUUUUAGGUGUAAUAUUUUGGAGAUGCACACAGAAUGUGAAAAUUUUGGAUCUA